AUGGAUCCUUAUCCUUGGAGUUCGAAGACACUGCCUUUGGGAACUGGUGUUAUCAAGGUCACAGGAGGCGGGGCCUAUAAGUUUGCAGACUUGUUCAAGGAACUACUGGGCGUUAGUAUUGAGAAAGAAGAUGAAAUGCAUUGCCUUGUUUCUGGAGCAAAUUUUCUGCUCAAAGCUAUUCGACAUGAAGCCUUCACGCACAUGGAGGGUGAGAAAGAAUUUGUACGGAUAGAUCCCAUUGACUUGUAUCCCUAUCUUCUUGUUGACGGGGAAGGAAAGUUUGAACGUGUGAGUGGGACUAAUGUUGGUGGUGGUACCUAUUGGGGCUUAGGAAGACUUCUAACGAAUUUUGAUGAAUUGCUAGAACUCAYCCAAAAGGGAGAUAAUAGUACCAUUGACAUGCUUGUUGGUGAUAUUUAUGGUGGCAUGGAUUACUCCAAGGCGAUCCCUGAAAAUAAGGAACUGGAAGAUUACAGACCUGAAGAUAUUUCCCUGUCUCUUCUGUGGAUGAUUUCAUACAAUAUUGGGCAGAUUAAUGGAAGAGCCAGCUGCAUAUGGAAAGCUGCUGGCAAAUCUAUUGGAACUUAG